AAGGAGAAACCCCAGAGAGAAAAUCUUCCUCGACAAAAUUUCGAUUGAGGGAAUGCUUUCCUUUUCUAAUUGAUCUGACAACGGAAUUUCAGCUGCAGCUACUCACUUAGUCCGUAGCACAUAGAUGGCAGAAAAGGCUUGUAUAAAACGUCUUCAAAAGGAAUAUAGAGCACUUUGCAAGGAACCUGUCUCCCAUGUUGUUGCUCGUCCUUCCCCAAAUGACAUUCUCGAGUGGCAUUAUGUGCUGGAAGGUAGUGAGGGAACACCUUUUGCAGGUGGAUUUUACUAUGGAAAGAUCAAGUUUCCUCCUGAGUAUCCUUACAAGCCACCUGGGAUUACAAUGACUACACCAAAUGGUCGAUUCAUGACACAAAAGAAAAUUUGUUUGUCUAUGAGUGAUUUUCACCCAGAAAGCUGGAAUCCGAUGUGGUCUGUGUCAAGCAUACUUACAGGCCUUCUCUCAUUUAUGAUGGAUACCAGUCCGACAACUGGAAGUGUGAACACUACUGUAGCUGAGAAACAACGGUUGGCUAAGUCAUCUCUAGCUUUCAAUUGUAAAACCCCAGCAUUUCGAAAGCUAUUUCCAGAGUACGUAGAGAAGUACAACCAGCAGGAACUAGCUGAGCAAGCUGCCACACAAGUGACAACACCAGAGUCUCCUCAAAAGAGCGAUACCAAAGUCGAGUCAGAGAAAACCAUCGAUCCAACAAAGGAGGACUCAGAAGGUGGCUUGAAGGAGAGGAAAAAGAACAAGAAACAGGGAUUGCCAGCAUGGAUAAUACUGUUGCUAGUGUCGGUUUUCGGUGUUGUAAUGGCGUUGCCUUUACUUCAACUCUCGUCGAUGGUGCGCAACUCGUCGGACGAUGAAGAGGACCACCGGAAUUUAAUCCCACAGAACGACACCAGAGACAACGAUCUCGACCUCCGCCAUGAAGACGAGCUUCACUCCGUCACCACCGCCAGGGCCAUAAAUAGGGCUAACGGCGGUGGCAGGAGUCCAAGAUCGGCGUUUCAGAUCGAUGAAAUCGUAUCGCGAGCUCGAAACCGUUGGAAAAUCUCAGUUAACAAGCGUUACGUCGUUGCUGUCGUCUCUCUAACUCUGUUCGUCGGAUUUUUGUUCUUAUUUACUGAUACUCGUAGAUUCUUCUCAGUAGAUCUCUCAAGCUUUAAGCUUGAUCCAAUGUCAAGUCGGGUCAAGGAAUCUGAGCUCCAAGCUCUGAAUCUUCUGAGGCAGCAACAGCUCGCACUUGUCUCUCUGUUGACUCGUACGAAUUUCAAUUCUUCGAAUGCAAUUGGUUCUUCUGUUUUAAUAGACAAUGUGAAAGCUGCUCUACUGAAGCAGAUUUCAGUGAAUAAGGAAAUCGAAGAGGUCCUUCUAUCACCACACAAGACUGGGAAUUACUCUGUCACUGGUUCUGGUUCAGAUAGUAUCACUGGUUCUUCUUACUAUGCUGAUAGAUGUAAAAAGGUAGAUCAGAAGUUGUUGGAGCGGAAAACAAUCGAAUGGAAGCCGAGACCAGAUAAGUUCCUAUUUGCUAUCUGUCUCUCAGGUCAAAUGAGUAACCACUUGAUUUGCUUAGAGAAACAUAUGUUCUUUGCUGCGCUGCUGGAUCGAGUUCUCGUGAUUCCAAGCUCUAAGUUUGAUUACCAGUAUGAUAGAGUGAUAGAUAUAGAGCGGAUUAAUACGUGCUUGGGAAGAACUGUUGUCAUUUCUUUUGAUCAGUUCAAGGAGAUUGAUAAGAAGAACAGUGCUCACAUUGACAGGUUCAUCUGUUACUUCUCAUCGCCACAGCCUUGUUAUGUGGAUGAGGAUCAUAUCAAGAAGCUGAAAGGAUUGGGGGUUUCCAUUGGUGGGAAGCUUGAGGCUCCUUGGAAUGAAGAUAUAAAGAAGCCAACUAAGCGAACUUCUCAAGAGGUAGUUGAAAAGUUUAAGUCCGAUGAUGGUGUGAUCGCCAUAGGGGAUGUCUUCUACGCUGUUAUGGAGCAAGAUUUGGUGAUGCAGCCUGGGGGACCCAUCAAGCACAAAUGCAAAACACUGAUCGAACCCAGUAGGCUCAUUUUGGUGACUGCACAACGAUUCAUCCAGACAUUCUUAGGAAAGAAUUUCAUCUCGCUUCAUCUCCGUAGACAUGGGUUCCUUAAGUUCUGCAAUGCAAAAUCGCCAAGUUGUUUUUAUCCCAUACCACAAGCUGCAGACUGCAUCAGUCGGAUGGUGGAAAGGGCCAAUGCUCCAGUCAUCUACCUUUCAACAGAUGCUGCAGAAAGCGAAACCGUUCUGCUUCAGUCACUUGUAGUCGUUGAUGGAAAAGUCGUUCCCCUUGUCAAACGUCCACCUCGCAACUCUGCAGAAAAGUGGGACUCGUUGUUGUAUAGACAUGGUAUUGAAGAUGACUCUCAGGUGGAUGCUAUGUUGGAUAAGACUAUAUGUGCAAUGUCCAGUGUCUUCAUUGGAGCAUCUGGUUCUACUUUUACAGAGGAUAUCUUGCGGCUAAGAAAAGAUUGGGGAACUUCAUCUAUGUGCGAUGAGUAUCUCUGUCGAGGCGAAGAACCAAACUUCAUAGCUGAAAAUGAGUAAAAAAGUAAACACAUGUUAACUUUCAUAUUGCCUCUGUUUCCAUGGUUCUUCCUCUUUACCUGUAUUAUAAUAGGCGCCGUUAAUGUCAAAUUCGUUUAAUUCUUUUCCGACGAUUUUGUGAUUGUGUCGGUGAAAUAGAGUUUUUUUGCUUGAGAAUUUUCUGUUCUAUAAGAACAAGCUUGACUGCUUUUGAAACAUGUAAUUAUAAACCAAGAUUUAUUGA